AUGGUGAUUCUCUUCCUCUUGGCAAUUUUGCUGCAAGAGCCAGUUUCAAGCACCUUGUAUGGAUCCAGGUUUUUGGCAGGGAAGGUGGGAGGCUCAGUCACCCACCAGUGCUUCUACCCCAUCACACCAGCCAACAAACACGACCGAAAAUACUGGUGCAGAGUCACAGGAAACAGAGGCUGCUCCACCAUCAUUUCUACAACAGGCUACACCUCCAAGCACCACGUGGGGCGAGUGUCCCUCGAGGACAUCCCCCAGAAUGGCACCUUCCUGGUGACAAUGACAGGGCUGAAGGAGGACGACGCAGGGAUUUACUGCUGCGGCAUCGGCAGCACCAACGGGGACCUGUAUGUCAGGCUGAACCUGACAGUUCGGGCAGAUGCUGCUGUGCUGGGCACCACCAGGCUCAUCCAGGGGCAGCUCCACGGCUCUGUCACCAUCCCGUGCCCACCCGGGGACACCCAGGGGAGCGGGGAGGGGUUCUGGUGCAGACUGGGGAGAACCAGCUGCACUCUCAUAGCUGACACCAACGGCUUCAUCGGGAAGAGUUACCAAGGACGAGUCUUUAUCACCCCCAAGGAGAGCUCGGGAGCUUUCAAAAUCUUGAUAAAUGACUUAAAAAAAGAAGACUCAGGGAUGUACCAGUGUGGGACGGGAAGAGUGAGAGGGUGGGACAGCCCACGGGUGGUGGCUCUGCAGGUGACCACAGCCUCCACCCUUCCCAAGAGACCAAACCAUCUCAGCAGCAGAGUUGGAGGCUCAGUGUCCCUGAAGUGCCACUCUGACCCCGGGAGGAGCUACCAGAAGAGGUACCUGUGCAGGUGGAAGGCAGGGAGCUGUGAGCUGCUGGUGGACACGGAGGGGUUUGUGCACGAGUCCUACAGAGGGCGAAUCCAACCACCCAACAGUGCCCAGGAACCUGGGACCUACACGGUGGUGCUGAGCCACCUGAGAGAGGAGGAUGAGGGGUGGUACUGGUGCGGGACCCAAAACGGGCACACGGAGCACACGUCCCCUGUGAGGCUGCACAUCCAGAAGGUCUCAAGCCCUGUGUUUGGACCACGGCAGGUUUAUGGUCUGCUCGGCGGGUCAGCUAUUGUGAAAUGCUUCUACCCUCCCACCAGUGUGAACAGACACGACAGGAAGUAUUGGUGCAGGCAAUCAGCCACGGGCUGCAGGACCAUUGUCUCCACCAGUGGCUACGUUGCUCCAGGCUACCAAGACAGGAUCUCCAUCCUUGACCACCCAGAUGCAGAAAGCUUCCAGAUCAACAUCACCCAGCUCACAGCUGCAGACACAGGCACCUACCAGUGUGGUGUGGGGAUCAAUGGCAGAGGCCUCUCCCACAAAGUCAAUCUGGAAGUUUCUGAAGCUCAAGUAGCCACAAUCUUCCAGGCAUGA